AUGCGCUUCUUUUACAGAAGCUCCGGGCUACUGGCAUCGAUAAUGAUUAUUUCAUUUGUUUCACUCUUUGAAAGUUAUCUUAGUGAUCGUACGCAAUAUGUAAACAUCGAUGGGUGUCAUUCAACUCUCAGAGAUGCAAACCUUAGAGUGGCUCAAGGGAGUAUACUAGGACCAGUUUUGUUUCUUAUAUUGGUAAACGAUCUACAAAAGAUACUGGAACACUCAGCAGCAGACAUAUAGGCGGAUGAUACUACUAUCAGUGUUACUGUUGAUUAUAGAUCAGCACCCGGAGCCUUAAAUCCAGUUCUUCAAGCUGAUGUUGGUAAAGUUGCACAAUGGACCGCAGACAAUAAAAUGGUACUGAACAGGUCCAAAGCUGAAACUAUGUUAGUAGCUGGCAAAUGUCUACAUAAGAAGAUGAACAGCACCUCACUCACGGUCAAUGUCAAUUCAGUCGAACUCGAACAAGUCCAGUCUCAUAUACUGUUAGGUGUAAUUAUUGACACUUAAUGCUUAAUUUUAAUAAGCAUAUUGAUAAUCUAUGCAAGAAGCUAACACAGCGUAUUGCUGUUUUUAAAAAAAAUCAGGCGUCAUUUACCUUUAGAUCAACGAAUUCUUUAUUACAAUGCCAUGAUAAAACAAACUAUAUUAUAUGGCUCUAGUGUGUGGGUUUCUACACCUGUUGAUAAUCUUCAGGCUACAGAGGCGUACCGCACGCGUUAUUCUCCAUGCUGA